AUGUUGCGCUCGCUUGCGUCUAGUUCGUCGCGGUCAGCGGUCGGAUCUGCUCUGCGGCAGGAGGGUGCUCCAACUCGUAUGCUCACAUCUAGCGCUGUUGCGUUGAACAAGUCUUCACCGAACGAAGCAACACCUCCAUCAUCAGCAUCAGCAUCGACCUCACAAACGCCAACUUCGACAGGGAAACCUCUGGUUCGGGAAUCAUCGUCGUCACCGGAACAACUCAACACGCUUCCACUACCGUAUCUCUCCUUCGCGAUCGGAGUGCCUACUCCGCCAUCGUCGUCGGCUUCGACGUGGGCAGAGACACGUGAUCGCCUAGUAUCUACGGAACAUCGUAUGGCAUCGAGACAGGCGAUCGUUAAGGAAGCGACUCGGGGAUAUUUCCACGAUUUUCACGCAAUCAAGUCGCACGGUGGGAAAACGUGGAGAGCUCCACCUACACUCAUCAAGGCCGAUCGCUCUCUGUACUUUCCCAAGUUCACCGGUACCCGUCUCUCGGACAAAUCGAAAACUUCCACCCCCACCAUACUGCGCAACAAGAUCUCCAUCAUCUCCCUCCUAGGCAGCAAGAUCUCCGAAGAACACACCAAAUCCUUCUACUCUCCCACAAUCGCCAAAUUCUCAGGUCAUCCAAACUUCCAGUUGGUACAAAUCAACCUCCAACAAAACCCGCUGAAGAGCUACCUUGUAAGCCUCUUCAUCUCCUCCCUCCGUUCUCAAAUCCCCCCCGAACUUCAUCCAACGUAUCUCCUGAGUAGCGAUAACAUCGAGCUAUUAAAGGAUGCCUUGGGGUAUCAUAAUAAACACGUUGGGUAUACGUAUCUGGUGGAUGAAGUGGGAAAAGUUAGGUGGGCGGGAGGCGGGUUUGCAGAGGACAAAGAAAGAGAGGCUCUGUUGGCGUGUACGGGAGUGUUGUUGGAGAGGUUCGGGGUCGGGGAGAAGGGGAAGAAGAAGUGA